UAUGCUAGAUAUGUGCUACUACCAUCAUUAUAAAGAAUGAACUGGAAAAUUUUGUUGGCGGGAAUAUCCUGUUGUCCCUACUGUUCUCUUUAUACUGUGACAUAAUAUAUAACAUAUCUUAUAUAUGUAUAAGUAGCACAGUAUAUUUUGACUGUUGAUAUUGGUUGUGUAUAGCUGAGAAUUUUUGUGCAUUAUGAUUUCGUUCGUACAGUCGACAAUGGCGAAAUUAAUAAUGAUUUAUGUUUAUCUGGUGUUAUCAGUGUUCAGUGUUACCAGUCAGUAUGUGCAACCACAGACAAUCAACACACAUGGUAAAGCACUGACACAAACAAUCGACACAAAAGGACAACCUCUGUCACAAACAGUCGCCACAGAAGGAGGAGCAUUGACACAAACAUUCGACACUCAUGGAGGAGCAGUGGAUCAAAUAAUCGAUACAGGAAGAGGAGCAUUGACACAAACAUUCGACACAUAUGGAGGAGCAGUGGAUCAAAAAAUCUAUACAGGAACUGGAGCACUGACACAAACAUUCCGCACAAAUGGAGGACCAGUGACGCAAACAAUCUACACAAAAGAUGAUGGUAAUCUAGAUGAUGCUGAUGUACAUGUUGAUAAUGUACGAGUAGAUGAUGGUAAUGUAGUUGAUGGUGUUGUAGAUGAUGAUGAUGUAAAUGAUGGUGAUGCAGAUGGUCCACUCUGA